CUUUUACUCUGUUGAGUGUGACGUAGUUCAUACUGUGUCAUAUCAUAUUUACGAUAAGACCGUCGCGACGACAUGCUAACUUAUAUCUCCCAAAAACCAUAAAACCACUUGUUCUAUGGYUUUGUAUCUUUUUCACACUGUAAUAUUAGGAUGAUGAUUCGAGGUGAACGACUUCUGUGGAAGAAUUUAAAGAUUUUAAAAUGAGUAGUCUUCCUCGGAACAAGUCUCCAGUUCACACCUCAUUUUUUCGCGAAGAAAGAGAAGAAGAUGCRAUUUACGGGGUUUCCUUCAAGAAAGUUCGCUAUCGGAGUAGUGGCAGCGAUUCAAACGAAGAACCAGUUUCUCAUUUACAAUGGGAGACGGUGCUAGUGAAGAAAAUCAAAGCUGGUUCGCUUGCUAAACUCGUAGAAAACCUCGUGCCGCGAAAAGACAGCUCSCAGGAAGACAUGGAYCCUGGGUUCUUGAUGGCCUUCUUGUCAACAUAUCGCGCUUUCGCUGAAGUCGAGAAUGUAUUGGAACUUGUUCUAGAAAGAUGUCUUACUGCCAAAGCCAACAAACAASAACACCCUGAAGAAAGUGACAGAAUUAUCAAAAGUCUUGCAGGAGUGAUGAUGGUCUGGUUAGAACAGUUCUCUUCUGAUUUCAAUAAACCUCCAAACUACACCAACCUAAAGAGACUAAAUACGUUUAUGCAAGAGGAUAUGGAUGAUGAAUUUACCAAAGAUUUAUCCAAGAAAAUCAAAGAGAAACUACAAACAUUUAUCAUAACGCCUUACGAAAGCGAAGGAGACCCCAUUAGUUUUCGACUAUCMAUGGUCAAAGAUGUCGACUAUACCGUUGAAGCCGAUAGAAAAAGUGGCUCAUACGAAGGACUUGACUUCGACUUGUUGUCCAUAAAGCCAACGUAUUUUGCCGAGCAGUUGACGCUUAUGGAUGCUGAACUGUUCCGUAAAGUCAUCCCGUGGCAYUGUUUAGGUUCUGUUUGGUCAAACCGACGAAGAAAACACAAAAAUAAUACUGUAAAAAACACUGUUGAUCAGUUUAACUCUGUCUUACUACGAGUAGUGUCGACUAUUCUCAUGUGUAACGGAAAAAAAGGAUCCGCGAGUAAGCGAGCCAAACAUAUUAUACAYUGGAUAGACAUCGCACAGGAAUGUMGAGAAUUAAAGAAUUUCUCGUCGUUAAAAGCAAUCAUUUCUGGACUUCAAUCGGCUUCAAUUCAUAGACUAAAGAAAACAUGGAUGCAUGUGCCAAGAGACUGGCAGUUACUUUACGCCGARUUAGCGUCGAUCUUUUCCGAAGAUAAAAACCAACAAAUGAGUAGAGACUUACUAAUGAAGGAAGGCACAGCUAAAAGAUCCGAUACUGAACUUCCUGGACUAAAGCGACUCAACAGCCUUAAAAAACGACGUUCGAGAUUUUAUAAYACGGAUGCUGUAAUGCAAGGRACGGUUCCAUACUUAGGGACGUUCCUAACGGACUUGAUGAUGGUUGACUCUGCRCACCAAGAUUAUGUAGAGGAUGGGUUGAUUAAUUUUGACAAAAGGCGUAAGGAAUUUGAAAUUAUUGCUCAAAUAAAGUUACUACAAGAAGCAGCCAAAAAUUACACUAUAGUUCCUGACGAGAAGUUCAGACAUUCGUUCGACACUUUGAUGACAUUCAAUGAAGCAGACUGCUUUAAUUUAUCUUGCGARUUAGAAAAAGAAUCCUUAAAAAAGAGACAUCCAAAAGUAACCCUAAGGCGGAACCGUAGCGAACCGGAUAUUGCAUCUCUCGACCUCAGCAACAGUUUAUCACCGAAAAGAGGCACAUUAAAGCGACAAGAAUCGAAGUCCACRGAAAAUUCACCAGUUUUACCGAGACACCAAAGAAAUAAUUCAAGUGAUUCAACCUCGUCAUCAUCCUCUUCGUCAACCUCGUCAAAGGAAAUUCCUUUUUCUAAAAGAUCAUCGUCGCCUUGCUUCAGGUCGCUUACAUCUCGAGCCUCUUCUCCUCCUGCAAUCUGCGUCUCCUCGCCUGUUCGAAACUCAAUCCUUUCGGAAUUGGACCGAGGGCACAUAAUUCGAGUCAGCUUGGAGGACAACCACGAUAGUGGCCUACUUUAUAAAGGUGUUUGGCUUGGUCAAGACGAACGAACGUUAUCUGUAAUACAAAAGUGUCUACAAAAACAUGGUUUAAAUGAUAAACCGUCGGAUUACUUCCUGGUUCAGCAACUACACAAUGAUAAUGAGCUUGUCUUUCCUGGUAACUGCAAUGUGUACUACGCGAUGAAGUCAAAGGAAGAACCGCUGACCUUUCGACUCAGAAAAAAGAAAUCCAGUUGAUAUUGGAUAAUUAGCAGUUACUACAAGGCUGCAACAUUUUGGCGUACUUUUAACAUCAGCUAAAUUGUACAUGGUUCCCGAGUUGUCACCACUCAAGAAUCUCCGAAAAGUAAGUCGAGUUAUUGCCGAAACGUAUGUCAAAACUGAUUUACCGAGGUAAUGUCGAAAUGUACCGAGGUAAUGUCGAAAUGUACCGAGGUGUAGACGAAAUGUACCGAGGAGAAGACGAAAUGUGCCGAGGAGUAGACGAAAUGUACCGAGGAGUAGACGAAAUGUACCGAGGAGUAGACGAAAUGUACCGAGGAGUAGACGAAAUGUGCCGAGGAGAAGUCGAAAUGUACCGAGGAGUAGACGAAUGUACCGAGGAGUAGAUGAAAUGUGCCGAGGAGAAGUCGGAAUAUACCGAGGCGUUGCCGAAAUGUAUCGAGGAGUAGAAGAAUGUACCGAGAAGUAGACGAAUUGUACCAAAAAGUAGGCGAACUGUACCCGGUAGCAAAUCUUCUAAACAUUUGAAACUCUGACUGAUGCUUUACAGAAGACGUUUUUGAUUGCUAUAAAUAUUAAAUGUUAAAAAAGUGCCAAAAAAAAACAAGGUAUGACUUCGAAACAUCCUGUUCAUGGUACGAAUAAGAAGAAAAAUUUCUUUAAAAAAAAACUACGAACAGUGUCUUAAGUGGUCUUAAGUGGUCGUAACGCCGUUAAAAUUUCAGUUUAAUAAAAACAAUCGCUGAAAUGGAAGUACAUAAUGUAACGCUUCAUGUUUUAGGAAUUUAAAACCUUGUUAUAUUUGUAGCUUUUUAACGGUUUUCGCGAGAGAGGUUGGAAAAUGCACGAAAUCAA